AUGCGUCCACGUCCGUUUCUCGCUACGCGGGGAAAUGAUCCCCUCGGCGAUGAUGAGUGCACACACGAAAAAGCGGACAGCACGGCAGGAGUUACAGACACAGAUGAAGUGCAUAGUGUGAGCCUCGUGACUAGUCCACACGAUAGUGACAAUGAGUGGGGGGAGUUUAGACGAAAUAAUGGAGACUAUCCGAUUGGUACCACAAAUGCAGAGAAGAGUGGACCACACACACGUAUUUUUUCAUUUGAUUCUAUACGAGCAUAUCGGCCAAGGAAUGUUCGUAACAAAAAAACUCCGUUUCUUGAUCCCUGUUCUCCUUUAAGUGAUGAUUUUUGUUCGGAAAGAUGCGGAGAACGUUUGCAUAAAGUAACCCUCUGUGGAACCUCUCCACUUGAUGCAGAUGAUGUGGAUAGUGAAGUCCAAAAAGAAAAUAAUAAUAAUAAUAAUAAUAAUAAUAAUAAUAAUAAUAAUAAUAAUAAUAAUAAUAAUAAUAAUAAUAAUAAUAAUAAUAAUAAUAAUAAUAAUAAUAAUAAUAAUGAGGCCAAACCACUCACUUUUCCCGUGUUAUUUGCUGAGAGUUCACAUGCGCCUCAUUCCAAUGAUAUGGAAGAAGCACAGAAGGUUUUAAUGGCAGAAACACCACAGACGGUAAAUGUGCUGCAAAACCCACCGUUAGCAAGAUGCGACUACGCAUCAUCUGGUUUUUCUGUACCGUGUGUAAAGGUGCAGGUGAAUGUGAAGACAUAUGUGGAGGUACACCUUGGCGAGGACGGGCAGGACAGCAUUCACCAGACUACAGAUGUUGGACUACUUCGCUGUGAUUGGAAGUCCCCUACAGCAGACGCCGCCCUUUCUCCGUUAAAAUCUCCAUUUCUUCAAGACCACCCUUUGCAGGAAUGA